GGCAACGGCCUCAUCAUCAGCGCCGUAGCCUGCGGCCACCACCUGCACACGCCCAUGUGCACCACUGUCCCCAAAGCCAUGCACAAUUCCCUCUGGGACACCACGACCAUCUCCUACACAGGAUGUGCUGUUCAGCUCUUCUUUUUGUAUUUCUUCAUCUCAGCAGAGCUUUCACUCCUGACCAUCAUGUGCUACGACCGCUACGUGUCCAUCUGCAAACCCCUGCACUAUGGGACCCUCCUGGGCAGCAGAGCUUGUGCCCACAUGGCAGCAGCUGCCUGGGCCAGUGCUUUUCUCUGUUCACUGCUGCACAGAGCCAAUACAUUUUCCCCGCCCCUGUGCCAUGGCAAUGCCCAGGGCCAGUUCUUCUGUGAAAUCCCAGCAAUCCUCAAGCUCUCUUGCUCACACUCCAAACUCAAGAAACUUGGUCUUCUUGCUGCUAGUGCCUGUUUAGGACUCGGAUGUUUUGUGUUCAUUGUUUUCUCCUAUGUGCAGAUCUUCAGGACUGUGCUGAGGAUCCCCUCUGAGCAAGGACGGCACAAAGCCUUUUCCAUCUGCCUUCCUCACUUGGCUAUGGUCUCCCUGUUUUUCAGCACUGUCAUUUUUGCUCAUCUGAAGCUUCCCUCCAUCUCCUCCACAUCUCAGGAACUGAUGGUGUCAUUUCUGUACUUGGUGGUGCUUCCAGCCCUGAACCCCCUCAUCUACAGCCUGAGGAACAAGGAGCUCAAGGCUGAAAUGUGGACACUGAUGACUGGAUGCUUUCAGGAACAUUAAACUGCUGGCCAAUUUCUGCAAAUCACUUGUAAUAAAAAUCACCUUUGAUACUUGUUGUUUGUUUCAUUUUGUAUGUUCUUUUCCUGUUUUAAUUUUUUCACAUUGUCCACAAAGAAAUGUCAUUGUUUGUGCCAUAUCUCAUUUUGUUUCUCUUCAACUUGCCUGUGGCCACAGACUGUGUCAAUGAGGGGCUGUGCUCUUGGGAGCUUUAAAGGAACUAAGGGAUCUCGCAGCAAAGUUUUCUGCAGAGAUGCCCUUUUGUUGCCUUCUCUGGAGCUGCAGCAGCAAUGUCUGUGUGCAGAGCUGGGGGCAGAUCAGUGCUGGCACAACUGCCCUGCUCCUGCUGGCCACACCAUUCUUGAUCCAUGACAGGAACCAUUGGCCUUCUUGGCCACCUGGGCACACUGCUGCCUCAUGUCCAGCCUGCUGUCCAUCUGUGCCCCCAGGUCCCUUUCUGCCUGGCUGCUGUCCAGCCACUCUGUCCCCAGUCUGUAGCGCUGCAGGGGUUGUUGUGGCCCAAGUGCAGGACCCAGUGCUUGGACUUGUUCAACCUCACCUUGCUGGAUUUGGCCCCUGGAUCCAGCCUGUCCAGGGCCCUGUGCAGAGCCCUCCUACCCUCCAGCACAUCAACACUCACACCCAGCAUGGUGUCAUCUGCAAAGAUGUCCUUGGCUCCAUGUGGCCUCUCAGUGUCACCAUGGCCCUUAGGUUACACCAGACCCUGCACUGUCACAGUGGUCGCCUUGUUUCAAUGAGACCAUGCAGAGCAACAAUGCUCUCCUUGGUUCCAUGGGGCCCCAAAAUAUGACAAAGGACUCCUUGUUUCCAUGGGACUUCACAGCGUCACAAUGUUCUAAUUUGUGCUGCAGUUUCACAGUGGCCCCUUGGUUCCAUGGGGCCCCAGGGUGUCACAAUGGCCCCAUGGUUGCACGAGGUCCCACACUGUCACCAUGGUGUCUGUGGUUCCACAAGUCCCCUCAGUGUCACAAUGGACUCCUUGUUUCCACAAGGCCACACAGUGUCACAGCUGUCUUCCAGAUCCCUUGAGGCCCAAUUGUGUCACAGUGGCUCCUUGGUUACACAGUGUCACAAUGUCCCCUUGGUUCCAUGAGGCCCCGCAGUGUCAGAACGACCCCUUGGUUCCACUGGGCCCUGGAGUCUCCCAAUGGUCUCCUUGGUUUCUCACUGUCAAAAUGGUGAAACACCUUGGUUCCACAAGGUGCUGCAGUGUCACAAUGGCCUCUGUGGUUCCAUGAGGACCCAGAGUGUCACAGUGCACUCCCUGGUUCCAUUUGGCCCCACAGCACCACAAUGGGCCCCUGGUUCUAUCAGGCUGCACAGUGUCACCAUGGUCCUCUUAGUUCCACAAGGUCAUGUAGUGUCACAAUUGCCCCUUGCUUCCCCAGAGUGUCCCAAUCAUCAGAAAAUGACAGAAUCAAAGAGGCUGGAAAAGACCUUUGGGAUCAUCAAGUCCAACCAAUGCCCUAAUACUGCCUUGUCACCCAGACUAUGCCACUAAGUGCUACUGGAGAGGGACAGUGACUCUGCCACCUCCCCCUGGCCUGCCCAUUCCAAUGCCCAAUCACUCUUUCUGUGAAGAACUUCUUCCUACUGUCCAGCCUAAACCUCCCCUGGUGCAGCUUAAGGCUGUGUCUUCUUGUCCAGCCCUCCAGCAGAUCCACACUUUCACACAGCUUGGUGUCAUCUGCAAAUUUGUGAAUGGUGGACUCGAUCCCCUCACCCAGAUCAUCAGUGAAGAUAUUAAACAGGACUGGGUCCAACACAGAUCCCUGGGGGACAGCACCAGUGCCUGGACACCAGCUGGGUGCAGCACCAUCCCCACCACUCUCUGGGCCCAGCCUCCAGCCAGCUCUUAAAUCUCUCAGGGAGGAGGGAACCUGCCCAAGCCGUGGGCUGCAGCUUUUCCAGGGAAUGCUGUCAGAGACAGUGUCAAAGGCCUUGCUGAAUUCCAGGCACACAACAUCCACAGCCUUUCCUGCAUCCACAGGCUGGUCACCUGGUCAUAAAAGGAGAGACCAGGUUGGUAAGGCAGGACUUGCCACCCCUAAUUCCACACUGACUGGCUCUGAUCCCUCAGCCAUCCUGUGGGUGCCCUGUGAUGGCUCUCAAGGUGAUCUGUUCCAUAACCUUGCCAGGCACCCAGGUCAGGCUGACAGACCUGGAGUUCCCCAGAUCCUCCUUCCAGCCCCUCUUGGGGAUGGGCUGACAUUGGCACCUCCACUCCUCUGGGACCUCCCUGCUGAGCCAGGACUGAUGGUAAAUGAUGGAGAGCAGCUUGGGGAGCUCAUCCACCAGCCCCCUCAUCCCCCUAGGAUGGAUCCCAUCUGCUCCCAUACUCCUGUGAGCAUCUGAGUGGCUCAGCAGGUCAGCAGCGGCUUCCUCCUGGAUUUCAGGGGGCUGUUCUGCUCCCUAUGCCCAUCCAGCAGCUCAGGGGAACACUUGCCCUGAGGGCAACCUGUCCUAAUAUUGAAAAUUGAGACAAACAAGGUGUUAAGCAGCUCAGCCUUUUUUUUAUCUUUUGUUGCUAUAUUCCCCACUGUAUCCAAUAAGGAAUCGAGGUUCUCCUUAUACCACAUGUUGCUAUUUAGUUUAUUUAUAGAAACAUUUUCUAUUAUUAUUUACAGAAAUGACCAGGUUAAGCUCUAAUUGAGCUUUCACCUCUCGACUUUUCAUUCUGCAUGACCUAACAACAUCCUUAAAUAUUUUCUAAGAUGCCUGACCUUCUGUCCAAAGCUGAUGCACCUUCUUUUUUCCACUGACUUCCCACAAAAGCUCCAUGUGCAGCCAGGACAGUCAUUUUCCUCUCUAGCUCAUCUCUUGCCACACUGGGACAGGCUGCUCCUCCUCCCUUAAGAUUACUUUCUUGAAAUGUGUCUGUCCUUCCUUGGGCCCUUUGUUUUUAAGGGCAGUUUCCCUUAAAAAAAUCAGGACCUGAUUUGGUACUCUGCAAAUCUACAUUCUAAAUAGGCCAAAGUCUGCCUUAGCUAAUUCCAGUGUAGAAGUUUUGUUGCUGCCCCUCCUUCUUUCACAGAACAUUGAAAACUUGAUUAUUUCAUGGUCACUGUUCUCCAGGCAGCCCCUGACCCCCACAUCUGCCACCAGCCCUUCUCUGUUUUUGAACAGCAGGAGACAGAGCUUUCCUUGAGAAUGUUACCAAAAAUUUGGUAUAUUUGGUAAAAUAGAAAAUUCAUUAACUCCAAUGUAGCAUGAAGAAGCAGCAUUAUUUAUUCAGCCGGAUGCACGGGGGAGAGCUCCUCCCAAAGCCCUGCAUGCUGAGUACAGGAAAGUUUCUGUUUAUUUUCUGUAUUUUGCACACAUAUUCAUUGAUUGCCCUGGACUAAACACACAUAUGAUAAUCAUUUCCCCAAAAUCAUUGACAUAUUUCCCCUCCUCUUUACCCAUGAGUUCUGUCCUGUGGGUCUCUCUGGUGGUCCCUGGUGGUCGUGGACCCCAGUGUUCCAGUGGGCCUGGCUGAGCUGGCAGGACACUGAGGCUGGUGAACUUCCAGUUCCCCUUCUGACACAAUGGGCAUUGUGUGCUUUCCAUAGGCCUGGGUUUUAGGAGAACAAGCUCCAGGUGUCAGCUCACCUGGUGUAGACAAUUGAUCAUCUGGUAACAUGAGGACAUAGAGUGGGCUAUGACAUCACAGAGUGGGUUAUGUCAGGUCAUUGAGAAGCUAUGACAUCACAGGCCAUCUCUGUGACAUCACAAGGCAGAGGCCUGACAUCACAGAGAAGACUAUGACAUCACAGAGUUGGCUGUGACAUCAGCGACCCGCUGUGUGACAUUAUAGAAUGGGCUGUGACCUCACAGAGCAGGUUGUGACAUCCCAGAGGGGCUCUGUGACAUCCCAGGAGGGCUGUGUGAGGUCACUGGGUUGCUCACUCAGCCCCAGCUCCCCCUCACAGUUUCUCCCAACAAGUCCAACGAUGUUCAUGCCCAGCAGGGUCCCUGUCCCCUGGUAUCCACCUGGUCCACCUGGAGCCACAGCCUCCAGCAAAGGAUGUUCCACAGGAUCCAGCCCAGAGCUUGACAUGGGGACGAGGGGCCAGGGCUGUGUGACCAGGACAUCAAGGCCGUGGAUGAUCCAGGUCACUGUGUCCUGGUUUGGGUACUCCAGGGCAGGAAAGAUGUCUGGCAGAUGGAACAGGGUUAGGGAAGGGCCUCCAAGGUGGGGCUGGAGCCCUUGGGCUGUGAGCAGAGGCUGAGGGAGCUGGGCUUGUCCAGCCCGGAGCAGGGAAGGCUGAAGGGCUCCUCAUCCUAGCCUGGCAGUGCCAGCCAGGAGGUGAUGGAGAACACAGAGCCAGGCUCUUCACCAGGGGGCCUGGUGGGAGACAAAAGCCAAUGGGUGGAAGGGGAAAGAGGGGAGAUCAGCCAGGACAGGAAGAGAUUAAAUUAGUCAGGCUGGUUUCCGCAUUUUCUCAACAGAAAAAGCUGCCCGAGCCCCUUCUCUAUCUACCACUGACAGCUUUGCAAAUCAGGAAUUGUUUGAGCUGUUUUGAUCCCACUCCAGGAUGAGCAUCCUGAUACAAGAAUUUAAUUGUGUUUAUAUCUGUCUCAGAACCACUUUUAUCUAAAAUUAAUUUUAGUAUGGAAAUCACUUGUGGAUGGAGGACUCAUCAGACAAUGCUGGGACCUUGCAUAUCGCUCAGGGAGAAGCAUGAUUGUUAUUAAAUUUUAUCCUGUUCAA